AUGCCACGACAAGCACACGGCCGCUCGCUAUACACGGCUAAACCUACUAAACCCGUGAAACGCAAAGCCAAGAAUCGUGGACUAAACGCUCUAGAGAUCGCGGAGGAAGAGAACCUUGAUCGAGUCAAACUCCCGCAGCAUCGCUUGGGAGAGGUCGAUGAUGAUUCCGACGAGCCUAGAACAAGAGAAGACAUCGAUGGUCGGUCCUCAAAAAGACGGAAGGUCAACACAAAUAACGAAGACGACUCCGCCGAUGGGGGUUCAGACCUCGAAGGCAGCCGUUGGCAUGUCGGGGUAGACGAUGAAGAUGAGGACAGUGACAUUCUUAGCGACGAUGCUUUUGGACAAAGUGAUGAAGAGAAGUUUGCAGAUUUCACAUUUCGUGGCAGUUCAAAUACAAUUUCGAAACCCAAAAAGGGCGCAAGGCCUCGGGAAGUGGACUUGAACGAGAAUAACGACGACGGGCAGAGUCCUGAUAACGAGGAGGAAGAAGAAACCGACGAUGAUUUAGGUGAAGAAGCCGUCGACCUUGCCACUGCGUGGGACAUGGACGAUCAGGACGAGGCAGAAGACGUACAACAGCAGAAUCGAAAGAGGAAGGACUUGCUACACGACGAAGAGUCUGAAAUGGGAGAGGAUGAUUCCGAGGACGAUUCUUCUGAGGAUGAUCAAUCUGAGCAGCUCUCCGUAUCUGAGGAUGAGGGUGACCACUCUCGACUCCAAAAUUUCGUGGAAGGACUAUCCGGCAUAUCUGCUCCGACGGAAGUGAAAGCUGGCCUUCCUAAGAAGACUCUGCAUGGUAUACCGUCGCAAUUCGGAUUAAGUACAUCCAAGCUCUCAGCUACGGACCUCUUGCAAUACAUCAAAGACCCUCGCCAAAGGCAGUCGCUCAAAAUCCUACAAAACAAUGAAGGCACAGUCAACGAGAGUUCCAGAGGCGGAAUCCCUGGGAAAGUGGCCCCACCACUCGCCAAACGACAACAAGACCGUCUUGACAGAUCGGCUGCCUACGACGAGACAAAGAAAGAACUGAGCAAAUGGAUUGAGACGGUCAAAGAAAAUCGACGGGCUGAACAUUUGUCUUUUCCACUGGAGGACCCUACCGCCGCAGGUGUGUUGAACAAGAAGCAGCUUUCAUCGACAUCCCAAACACAACCGAUGACUGCGUUGGAGUCAACUAUACAGGCGAUUAUGCAAGAGAGUGGUCUCCUUUCAACAGAGAGUACUACAGCUGAUGGCCAAGUUCAAGCGUAUGAGGAAUUGCAGGAGAAGAAGAUGCCACUUGAGGAAGUACAAGCUCGUCGCGCAGAGCUUCGCCGAACAAGAGACCUGAUGUUUCGCGAGGAGAUUCGAGCGCGGCGAAUCAAGAAGAUCAAAAGCAAAGCUUACCGCCGUGUUCAUCGCAAAGAACGAGAAAAGAUGAAUCUUGAAGACAGAGCUCGUUUGGAAGCCGCAGGCAUGAUCAAUUCGGAUGAGGAUAGAGAUAAAAAUGACCGCCGAAGAGCAGAAGAGCGUAUGGGUGCCCGACACCGAGAGAGCAAAUGGGCCAAAAGUGUCAAGGUUACUGGCAGAGCAACCUGGGACGACGAGGCGAGGCAUGGUGUAAACGAUCUUGCAAAGCGAGAUGAAGAACUUCGAAGACGUAUUGAAGGCAAGGUGGGCAAUGAAUCCGAUGGUGACGAUUCUGAACCAGACGAUUCGGCAGAAUUCUCCGACACGGAUGAUGAGAGGAAUCAUCUGCAAGCGAAGCUUCAUGCAUUGGAGGGAGAAGAUCGUGAUACGCCUCACUCUCGGCUGAACUCCAUGGCGUUCAUGCAAAAGGCUGAGGCUGCGAGGAAGGCUGCCAACGAUGAAGAAAUACGCAAGGCCAAGCAAGAACUGCGUAGCGAGGAUUUUGAGUCAUUCGACGAGUCGAGUGCAGAGAAUGAAGAUUCCCGGGGACGUCAAAAGUUUGGGUCGAAGGCCAAUGCUGGGCAACUGAUAACCCAAGGGAUUGCUCAGAAAAGUGAAUUUGAGGAGCGCGCAUCCGAUGAAGAACUCGACCAAUCUGAUAAUCAGGACCAUACAGCCACGACGAAACCCCAAUCUUCAUGUACAGCACAACCUAGGCCAAAGGCGGACAAGAUAGAGCUGCGCACUAAGGCAACUACCUCGAAGCAACCAGAGAAGCUCAAUACAGUGUCCACAAGCAACUCGAAUGCCGGGGCAGUGACCAAAGGCCCCUCAGCACAGCAGAAGAGCAAAACCGUUCCCGAAGUUUCGCUAGCAGAUUACACUAGUCCCUCGGGAUCAGAGGCGGAAGACGACACGGUUGCUCUCGCACAAGACAUUUUCGCUGGGCCAGAUGAGCUUGUCCAAGAAUUUGAGAAGGAGAAAAAAGAAACUGUGGUCGAUGAAGGGGAUCGGGUGAUUGACAACACGCUACCUGGAUGGGGAAGUUGGACGGGCGACGGUAUCAGCAAGAAAGCACAGAAGCGGGCCAAAGGAAAGUUGUUGACGACGAUCAAAGGAGUCGCAGAGGAUAAACGAAGAGAUACGAAACUAGAACGAGUCAUCAUCAACGAGAAGCGGGUUAAGAAGAACGACAAGUAUCGAGCAAGCGAACUCCCUCAUCCAUUUGAGUCACGACAACAAUACGAACGAUCGCUUCGAUUGCCCUUGGGCCCUGAGUGGACGACGAAGAGCACGUUCCAGGAUGCCACCAAGCCACGCGUACUGAUGAAACAGGGCGUUAUCAGACCCAUGAGCCGUCCAGUUGCAUGA